AUGGUGGAAAAUAAAAUAUAUAAUUAUUCUUUAAGAAGUAGGAUAGAAAGUAUUUUUAAAGGAUACAAUAAUAUGAUUAAUUCAAAUGAAGAGUUAAUACAAAAUAGUGAUGUUGAAAGGGAUUGUAAGACAGAGACUUGUUUAAAUAAAGAAAACUACACGAAUAAAAAUGAAGAAUGUAUUCAUAUUAAAAGAAAAAUAUUUAAGAGUGAUAACAUGUCCAUUUUUAUUAAAGGAAGAAAAUAUUUAUUUAUUGAAAAUUACACAUCAGUCAUAUAUGAAAAAUGUGAAGAUAAAUUGAACAUAAUUUUGGCUAAUAAAUAUUUAGAACGAGGUAUCAUAGAAGUUCAAUUAAAAGGAAAUGUAACUUUUAUUAUUCCUUGUUCUUUAAAUAAAAAUAUCUUAAGUUGCUUUUUGCCACAACUGGAAAGAGGAUUAUAUCAUUUAUUUUUUUUUUUUAAUAAAGAAAGAAUGUUUAUAAAAUUGUUAAGACCUGGAUCUGAAUUAAGUGAUGAUAUAAAAUCUAUACCACUUCAUGUUAUAGAAAUAACCGAUUUUAGUCAUGGUUUCAAAAAAAAUAAAAUUACAGAUAAAAAUAAAGAAUAUAUAAUAAAUAGUACACAUAAUAAUUUUUAUACAAAUAAAGAACUUAUAAAAUUAUAUAAUGAUAUUUACAACAAUUAUAAUAAUAUAUAUAAUGAUGAAUAUAAAAGAAAUAAUAAAAUUAGUCUACAAAAAAAUUUUUAUCUUCAUAAUAAUAAUGAAGAACAUUUUUAUAACUUUCUUAAUUGUUACAAAGAUCAAUUUAUAGAUCAUUCUUCUUUUACAACAAAAAUAAGAAAUUCUUAUAUACAUAAUAAGGAUAUAAUAAGAAAAGAAAAAGAAAAAAACAGUAUUGUAGAUAUAAAUAAUAUGAACUUUAUUUCACAAUUAAACCUGGAAAAACAUGUAGCUCAAAGUAGAAUCCCUAUUUUAUAUAAACGAUUAUUGUAUGAUAAUUGUAUAUAUGAAAAUAAAAUGGUCAUUAUGCAUUUCCACACCAAAAUAUUUGAAUAUAAUCCUUUCAAUAUCUUAUCAACACAUAUCUUUACAAAAAGUGAAAUAGAAAAAGAUGGAUAUAUCAUUUUUGCCUUUAAUAUAAUACCUAUAACACUUAAUCAAAACAAAAAUAAAAUCAAAUAUAAUAAUUCUUAUCAUAAUCAAAAUAUUUAUAAAAAAAAAAAUAUUAACAAAAAAAUUAAUUAUUCAUCAAAUAUUCUGAACAGUUCAGGUGAAAAAAAUGAAGAAAUUGGAAAUAGCUAUUUGAGUACUUUAUUCAUUUUAAAUUCGGAUGAAAGAAAUUGUGUAGAUAUAAGAUUAUGGAAAUAUAUAAAAACUGUUGAAUGUAACAAAAACGAUAUAUCGAAUAAUUUUUAUUUAUCUAAAAAUAAUUAUAAAAAUGUCGUAUGUCCAAUAUCACCUCAAUUAAUUAAUAAUAAAAAUAUAUUUAAGAGAUAUUCUGAGGGAUUAAAAAUAUCUGACAAGGUCAGCAUAUUUUUUGAAGAUUGGAAUGAAGACAUAUUGCCUGUUCAAAAAUUUGUUAAUUUGAUUGAAUAUGACAUACCUUAUAAAAAGUUAAAUGAAUUAUCUAAUUAUGUUGCGAAUAUAAAUGGGGACAUUUUAUUAUUUAAUGAUCUUAAAGAAAACGGAAAAUAUGAUAGUAUGUGUGAUGAAAAUAUAAAAAGUCAGGAUGAAAGUAUAAAUGAUUAUCAGUAUAAUAAUAAUUUAAAUGAGGAUAUAACAAACACAUCAAUGAAACAAAAUAAUUUCUACAUUAAAGAUAUAGAAAAAAAAGAAAUCAAACAUAAAGACAAAAUGAAUAAAAUAUCAAUGAAAUAUCUAUUAAAUAAUUUUGUGUCCUUUGUUUUAAUAAUCGAUGAAAAAAUAUACCACAGUGUUACUCCUAUAAAUAAAUUCAUUUUAUUAUUUAUUAUUAAUUAUUGGAUGAAUUUUGUGGAAGAAUAA